AUGAAGGGGGGAAAAGAAAGAAAAGAACUUGUUGAAAUUAAAUCUCUGGAAGUUUUCACGCAGACGGCAAAUUUAAUAAACGCAACGGAUUUGUCUAACCUCACACUACAAAAUGUGAACGUCAUAGUUGAUCAAUCAUUUUCGAAUCAUCCGCAUCAAAUUUUAUUGACUUCAAUAGAAGGUUUAAUAAAUUCAAAUUCAGUACCUGUGAUAAUGACUCAAAAUCUCAGCGAAACGUAA